UAGGCUUCGGAGGAUACAAAACCCACUUGGCUCGCCUACCCACUCACCACGCUCCUUUCAACAAACAACAUCGACACCAGCGACUACUGGUCGGAUACCAACCACUCAACACUACUAGAUGACACUGCGCUUUAGUGGUUAAGCCUCCCACGUGUCUCGACGACACUCCGAGCCGCUUCGACCCAUAUCCGUUCGACGUCGACACUACAAUAUCCGACAUCAUGUUUGUGCCACGCCUAAUACAACGAGUCGACUUUUCCGCUGCCCAGGCUCAGGUUGUGGGCUCCGAAUUUGGCACCACUCCUGACACCAAGCCUGGACCAAGACUCAAUGCCAUUGGUAUUUGGUGGAUUGUAUGGGGUGCUAUCUGGACGACCGCGGUGGUGGCUGGCAUGGUCUUUCUUUGGCUCAGGCGUGAUAUCCCAACUCUUAGGAUACGCGGACUUGCUCUCAGUUUUGCCGGCAUCACACUUCUCCAUCUCUACUGGAUCUCUGUUCAGCUGGGCUACAGUAUCGGACCCAUGGCCCCCGAAGUCGCCGAGUUCUGGAUCAUGAGCAUCUGGUUUCCCUUCGGAAUUGCCCUCUUCCAAGCCGGUAACAGUCAGUUCCUUCAUGUCGCAAGGGCACAGGCUCGGUAUGCCAGUCAUCCGAGCCAGAUGGAGUCUCGAUUCGACGAAAAGCACGCGCAGCAACCGCCACAGAGGCUUACCUUUAUCGCCCGCCUGCGCAAGAUGGACUAUUCGAGGAGGAUGUUUGCCUGCGUUACCAUUGGCAUGAUCGUUCAACUCUUUGUUGUUAUCAUCAUCUACAUGAUCUCGCGCAAGUUCCACCCCAGCUUUGGUAUCCCUGGUACUGAGGUGAGCGGCACUCCUGCAGAGAUUGCCAUGCAGCAGGGCAGAGGUUGGGAGUGGUGGCCUUCGCUGUUCUGGCAGUUUCUUUGGGCUUGGGUUAUUGCUCCCAUCAUUCUUUGGAAGUCUCGUGGUAUCCGUGACACCCACGGCUGGCAGCUCCAGACCAUGGCUUGCUGCAUUGCUGGCUUGCCUGCGGCUCCUAUGUGGCUCAUUGCUCUUUACGUUCCCGGUAUGGCUCCGGUGAACGCGGUUUUCGUCCCCCCUCAAUGGAUCGGUCUCUCCAUCAUGUUCAUGGAGAUUUUUACCAUCUUUGUCCCUUGCUGGCAAGUUCGUAAGCACAACAACCUGCGUCAGGAGACACUUGAUUCGAUUGCCACUUGGGAGUCCAAGAAGCUGCGCGCCCGUAGCGACGACAACAAUGCCGAGCGUAGGGGCAGCGACAAUAGCGGACCUGCUCUUAGCCCAACCUCAACCAAGGUUGCAGAACACCAUUUCACUGGCGGAGUCAGAGAUUCAUGGAAGAAGCUUUCGACUAUGGAGAUGGGCCAAGGAUCUCAGCCAGACCCCAAGAUCGCCACCGAUGAUAGCGUUCUCACAAUGUCCGCUCUUGAGCAUGUUCUCGAAAAGAACCCGGAACCUCUUCGCCAGUUCUCUGCCCGCCGCGAUUUCUCGGGCGAGAACAUCGCUUUCCUCACUGCUGUGGCUGAGUGGAAGGCCGCUCUGCCGCCUCCUUUCGUCCGCAACCGUCACAACGCCGAGCCGGAUGUUGUCCGCCAGCAGUUUACCAAGGCGCUUCGUAUUUAUGCCGAGUUCAUCAGCACCAGAGACGCCGAGUUCCCUAUCAACAUUGCGUGGCACGAGCUGCGUAAGCUAGAGGGUAUGUUUGAGCGUGCCGCUAGGAACAUGUACGGAGAUAUCAACCGUGGUGGAGCUACACCCUUCGCGGAAGUUAACUGGUCCGGAUCGAACAAACACACAAACGACAGCGAGGUCAACAUCUUCUCCAAGUCAGACUCGCUAGCGGUGUCCAUGAGCAUGGGUGAACUCAGGUCUGUCGAGACCCUCCCUCUCGAUGACCCACCACCGACCUCCCACGCCACACAUCCCCGUAACGCAGCUCUCUACUACUCGGGCGAUAUCCCACAAACCUUUGACGCUGCCGUCUUCGAUGCCGCUCAGUCUAGCAUCAAGUACCUCGUGCUUACAAACACGUGGCCCAAGUACGUCCGCGAAAGGCGAGACUCUGGGGAUUCUUUCGUUUCCCAGGAUGAGACCGUAAAGAGCAGGAAGAGUCUUCACAAGGCACUGGGCUUCCUAAAGCCACUUAUUCGGGCUUGAGGCACAAAACAAAAAAAAAGAAAAGAAAAGAAACCACAAUUCAGUACGCAAUGAGAAAUACUAUCGUUAAUGUUACCUAUUCACAACCAAAU